AUGAAGCGGGUGGACGUCUCUAAGAAGAAGCCCACACCGCGGCCCAUCAGCCGCCUGCCACCGCCCAAAGGCGUCAAGUCGAAGAAGGCAGUGGCGGCGGCGAUGGCCGCAGCGGUAGCAGCCCGGGAGAAGGCCGACGCCGAGGCGGCGGCCCGCCCCUCCGAGCACAUGUGCCUGAUUCGGGUGCACAACGCCUCGCGGAAGAUCAGCACCAUGGUCUCGCCGAAGGACGUCAACAAGUUCCAGCAGGCCUACUCCAACCUCCUCCGUGGCAACCUCUACGGCCUGAAGAAGAAGGAGAAGAAGAAGGGCCCGGCGAAUAAAAAGUCCAAGGCGACGCACGGCUGA